AUGGAAAGACUGUGGCACCGUUAUCCGGUGCGUCGCAAGGUUGCUAUCAAGCAGCAGCAAGACAUUGUGCUGAACGUUUCUUCGACCAGUUCGGACAUCAGCGACGAGGAAGCAUCGGUUCACGUCGAAGAAGACCCUAAUGUCAGUGACUUGAUGUUCAUUUCUGCCUAUUUCCUGAUGUCACCACUUUAUCGUUCGCUGAAGAAGAAGGCUGGCAACCGCGCUCUCCACGGCGAACCUGUUGCUCGGUUUUGUCGUAAAUCUAUUCUAAGAAAGCAAAAAAGCAUCACAAACACCGUCACCACACAUCCGAUGUCAAAGAACAUCACGGCCGCCAUCAUCACCACGACCACAAGCAUAAGAAGCGGCGACGCCAGUCCUAACACUGAAAGCGAGCACCUUUAA